UCGGCACUCGCUAGCUUCUCGCGAAGCAUUAGCUUGGAACCUCAUAGUUAAACUUUAAACGUUUUGGGUAGGUCUCCUUUUUGGACUCUCCAUGCUCCACCAUGCUGAGGGCUAAGAAGCAGCUUUUUUUACUUUCACCUCAUCACCUGAAACACCUAAAACAGUCAUCAGGAUCCAGGCCCAGAUGGCAACGGCUUUUGCACCAACAACAGCCCCUUAACCCAGAAUGGGCUGCCCUGGCCAAAAAGCAGCUGAAAGGCAAAAACCCUGAAGAGUUAAUAUGGCACACUCCGGAGGGAAUCUCUAUAAAGCCCUUGUAUUCCAGGGCAGACACUAAGAAUUUGCCUGAUGAACUUCCAGGCGUAAAGCCUUUCACUCGCGGACCAUAUCCUACCAUGUACACCUAUCGGCCCUGGACCAUCCGCCAGUAUGCAGGCUUCAGUACUGUAGAAGAGAGCAACAAAUUCUAUAAGGACAAUAUUAAAGCUGGUCAGCAAGGGUUGUCAGUUGCCUUUGACCUGGCUACGCAUCGUGGUUAUGAUUCAGACAAUCCUCGAGUUCGCGGGGAUGUUGGAAUGGCUGGAGUUGCCAUCGACACUGUAGAAGACACCAAAAUUCUUUUUGAUGGAAUUCCUUUAGAAAAAAUGUCAGUUUCCAUGACGAUGAACGGAGCAGUUAUUCCCGUGCUGGCAACUUUCAUAGUAACUGGAGAAGAACAAGGUGUACCUAAAGAGAAACUUACUGGCACAAUUCAGAAUGAUAUAUUAAAGGAGUUUAUGGUCAGAAAUACUUACAUUUUUCCUCCAGAACCAUCCAUGAAAAUUAUUGCUGACAUCUUUCAAUAUACAGCAAAGCACAUGCCGAAGUUCAAUUCAAUCUCGAUCAGCGGAUACCAUAUGCAGGAAGCUGGGGCAGAUGCCAUUCUGGAGCUGGCCUAUACUAUAGCAGAUGGGUUAGAAUACUGUAGAACGGGACUCCAAGCUGGCCUAACAAUCGAUGAAUUUGCACCAAGGUUGUCUUUUUUCUGGGGAAUUGGCAUGAACUUCUACAUGGAGAUAGCGAAGAUGCGAGCUGGACGAAGGCUCUGGGCUCACUUAAUAGAGCGGAUGUUCCAGCCUAAGAACUCCAAGUCUCUUCUUCUGAGAGCACAUUGUCAGACGUCUGGGUGGUCGCUGACAGAGCAGGACCCGUACAACAACAUCAUCCGCACUGCAGUGGAAGCGAUGGCAGCCGUGUUUGGAGGGACUCAGUCUCUGCACACCAACUCCUUUGAUGAAGCUCUGGGGCUGCCCACUGUGAAGAGUGCCCGGAUUGCCAGGAACACGCAGAUCAUCAUCCAGGAGGAGUCUGGGAUCCCCAAGGUGGCCGACCCUUGGGGAGGAUCCUAUAUGAUGGAGUCCCUCACCGACGACGUGUUCGAUGCCGCCUUGAAGCUCAUUAAUGAAAUUGAAGAAAUGGGUGGAAUGGCCAAAGCUGUCGCGGAGGGAAUCCCGAAACUUCGAAUCGAGGAAUGUGCUGCACGAAGACAAGCGAGAAUAGAUUCUGGUUCUGAAGUAAUUGUUGGGGUGAAUAAGUACCAGUUGGAGAAAGAAGAGUCUGUAGAAGUUCUGUCCAUUGAUAAUACCUCAGUGCGCAAGAAGCAGAUUGAAAAAAUUACAAAGAUCAAGGCCAACAGGGAUCAGGCUUUGGCCGAGCAGUGCCUGGCCGCGCUCACCCAGUGCGCUGCCAGUGGAGACGGGAACAUUCUGGCCCUCGCAGUGGAUGCAGCUCGCGCAAGAUGUACAGUUGGAGAAAUCACAGAUGCUUUGAAAAAAGUAUUUGGUGAACAUAAAGCUAGUGAUCGUAUGGUGAGUGGAGCGUAUCGCCAGGAAUUUGGAGAAAGUAAGGAGAUAACAUCCGCUAUAAGGAGAGUUGACAAGUUUAAGGAACGUGAAGGUCGCAGACCUCGUCUUCUUGUGGCAAAAAUGGGACAAGAUGGCCAUGACAGAGGAGCCAAAGUCAUCGCUACGGGAUUUGCUGACCUCGGCUUCGAUGUGGACAUAGGCCCACUUUUCCAGACUCCCCGCGAGGUGGCGCAGCAGGCGGUGGACGCCGACGUGCACGCGGUAGGUGUGAGUACUCUCGCUGCGGGGCACAAGACCCUGGUUCCCGAGCUCAUCAAGGAACUGAGUGCCCUGGGUCGCCCCGACAUCCUCGUCAUGUGCGGCGGGGUGAUCCCACCACAGGAUUAUGAUUUUCUGUAUGAAGUUGGUGUUUCCAACGUGUUUGGCCCUGGAACUCGAAUUCCCAAGGCUGCAGUUCAGGUGCUUGAUGACAUUGAGAAGUCUCUGGAAAAGAAGCAGCAGUCUGUGUAGCGUCGUGCUCUGCGGUGGGCUUCUUCUGGAGUGCUUUUAAAGUUAUGAUCAGAGAAGAGCAAAGUCAUGCCUUCAGUUGAAUUUCAACACCCGAUACGUACUUUCCUUGGAAGCUUUACAUUAAAAUACCAUACUUGUUGUUAGGCUAUAAAUUUGAAAGUACAGUUACACUUUAAAAAAUAUUGGCCUUUACCCUCUAUAACAAUACUUCAUCGAAUUAUUAAUUUAGAAAGUAUUGGUAUACUAUUGAGGAGUAUUUCUUACAUGUUACUUAUUUUUAAUUCUACUUUAAGAAUUAAACUUUACCCAUGAAAAUAA